UACUUUCCAGAGGACGAACUUGGAAUUUUCGAAGGCAGCAUGGUCUUCUAUUUUAAAAGCAAUGGUAAGUCAAGUCUUGGACUGAAAAGCUUUAGUACAAGUGAUUUAUACCUAGAUGCUUAUUCUUUUAUUUUUGCAGUUGUCACGCCGCCAUACACGAUAUUCAUGGGCUUAGAUAAACAUGAAAGUGAGUGAACCAAAGUGAAUUUUUGUAAAGCUUAUAUUAUGCUUGAAUUAAAACUUGUUACGGCGUUCCAAGACGUUAAAAAUUUAGUCUUUUUUCUUGAAAUAUGUGAACUGAUUAUUUAUUUAUUUAUAUAUUUACCAUAUAAGUCCAAAAUUCAAUACUUAAUAUAAAGGACUGCGGGACUGCGCAAAAAAAAAAACAAUACAAAAGUAUUAGUUCACGCUAAAAUUCUUAGCUAUCAGCCGCAGUGUACAGUAAGUAAAGAAAAAGCUUUAUUAAUGUCAAUGUAUUUAGUUUUCACAACUAACUGGGGACACAACAAAAAAAUUAAAAUUACUGACAAAUAAGAAAUAAAAAAUGUAAAAUCUGUACCAUGUAUAAAUUUUACAAUAAAACAACAGGGAUAUAAAAGGUAGUCACUAAGAACUGCAAAGGUUACAGCAGCUGCAGCUACAGCUACGUUUUUCCAGAAGAAAAAUAGGUCAGUUUGUUUAAUCAUCAACUCGGUCCACAUGUAGCCAGUCAUUUAAUGUAAUACUCAAAUGGCUCCAGCUGCCUCCAAACUCCAUGUAGAUUACGGAGGAUACAUUUACUUCUGCCUUCCAUUCAUAAUCUUUAUUCAAAUUGCCUUAACACCACGAGAUUCAUUUAUUUAUUCCUUUUAUUUGUUUUUGGAUUUAGUUUUGGGUGCAAGACAUGCAGUCCCUCGCUAGCUCCAUUCACUUGACUCAUUAAGUGCCUUAAAUUGUGUGUUAAUCCUGACCUAGAAUUGCUGGCUUUUCUUUUAUAGUUAUAGUUUGUUUCAAUUCUUUAAAAUUUUAGAUGAAGAGUUGAUUAAAUGGGGAUUUCCAGAAGAUGUUUGGUGAGAAUUAACUUCUUUGUGCAAAUUAUCAUUGCCUACAAUACAUGUCUGUGGUUUUUUUUAUUGAAACGUUUUGCUCUUCAUGUAACCAUCUGAUUUGUUAUUUAGGUUUCAUGUAGACAAAUUAUCAUCUGCUCAUGUUUACCUGCGAUUGCCACAGGUAACUGGAUCUUUUGUUAAUGGAUUAUUUUUUCCGGUGAUACUACUUUGCUCCUUUCCUUUUAUUUCUUUAAGUUCAAGGUUUCUAUUUUUUCAAUUGGGUUGCAUAUCCUAAUGCUGGUAACUGCCAUGAAUUUGCAUGUAAGAAUUUUCACAAACCUUCAUUUUUUUUGACUGCUCAUUACUUGUUGAGUUGAGGUUAGAACUAUGGCAAGAAAUACAGACAUUAGGAGGCUGUUUACUUGGAGGAAUGAACAUCCUUUUACGGGGAAGAUCCUAGAAGGCGGAUCAUCCUAGCACCAUAUGUUUUCUGUGUUCAGUUUACAUGCAAAGGGUUAAACUUGUCCCUAGCACUAGGAACUUCCUAACUAGUACUAGGAUCUUUCCAGAUGAAAGGUUGGAAGACCCUAGAAUGAGAAAGAUCCUACAGGUGUAUGUAAUCUGCUUUUGCUAGAAAAUCCUAGUUCUAGGGACAAACCAGUCGAAAGUGGUGGUGGGUCAUUCAGUCGGUAAUCAUGGCAUUAAAGACCAACAGUUCAUUUGGCAUCACCAAGUUUUAAAUAACUGCUAGUUGCUGCUGAAAGGCUGGUAAUGAGGACAGAAGGGCCCAAAUUGCAUGCUCGUUAUUGUUGCCUGCUAUUCUUAAUUCCUUCUCUACUUUGUGACCACACAGACUAAAAUUCCUGCAUGUAAACCCAACAAAAAGUUGUUCCGGCUUCUAGGAUAUCCCUGGUUCUGGGAUCUUCUUCCCUCCAUGUAAACAGCCCCUAAUACUAACCCUUUAAGCCGCAAGAUCCACAUUCAAAUUCUCCAGACUGAUCUCCAUACAUUUCUUUUAAGAACAGUUGAGAGAAUUUGGUUUAAGAGCAAAGUGUUCUCCCUUUGGUAAUCAAUUAAGUAAUUCUCAUAACCUUUACUCUUGAUGAUCUGCUGAUGUUGUUAGGAGAGAAUUGAUGUUGGUCACUCUUGGGAACUAAAGGGUUAAAGAUUUUAUUUUAGGGUGAAACACUGGAUGAUAUUCCUUCUGCAGUGUUGACAGAUUGUGCACAGCUGGUUAAAGCCAACAGUAUUCAAGGUGACAAUAUGCUCUCUUAUAAAGUGAUUAAUAGAAAAAAAUAGUGCUCUCAGUUUAGCUCAAAUAUAAUGUUCACCAAUCAAAUGAAUCAUAAUUCAACAAACAUUAAUGCUUAAAUAAUUUAUUAUAGGAAACAAGAUGAACAACAUUGCCGUUGUAUACACUCUUUGGUCAAACUUAAAAAAGACAGCUGAUAUGGAAGUUGGACAAGUGGGUUUUCACAGUAACAAAGAGGUAAUGAAAAAGAUAGCAUCUUAUAAAGGUGUAUUUGUGACAUUAAUAUUGAGCAUGCAGUUGAUGUAAUUAAAAAUUAAUGAAUGAGGCUGAGUAUCUUAUGAAGAAUUAUGGAGAUCGAGGAGGGUGUUAUCCGUCGAGGCUGUACUCAACUCAACCUCGUCCCCAGGUCUUCUCGGUUAAUGGUGCCUAAACCUGCACGAACACUGCAUUUUUGUUGUCAUUUCCUCGUUACACACAAAAUUCUUCCAAAUUUGGUCAUCCCAGUAACUGGUUAUGGUGAAUUAAACGUGUGCUUUUAGCCAGUCAGAAUCGGGGAAAUAUUUUAAAUGAAUAAAUAUAAUAAUUAUUAUAGACAGAAGCAAUAUGCUUCUGUUAUAGGUUCAUUCAUUUUUUAAGGUCUCUUUUUGUUGUAUUAAAUCCUUGCAUCUUGUUGUCAGGUUCGUCUUAUUAAGGUUGAAAAAAGGAUAAAUGAAAUAGUAAAUAGACUAAACAAGACAAAGGAAGAGAAGUUCCCAAACUUGCGGGAAGAAAGAGAAGAGAGGGAUCGACUGGAAAGAGAAGAUGGUAAACAGAAGUUAAGAGAACAGGUAAUGUUAGAUAGGUGAAAAAAAAUGAAUAAGGGAACAUUCAUGUAAUGGUGCUACAGUAUUUUAUAAACUUCUGGGAUUUUUUCUCCACAAGAAUGAUCAGCAGGUUACAUGUUGAACAUGUAAUGUGUUUCAUAGGUUGUGGAUUGGUACCAUGUAGGAUACAAAAACUUGAAAACAGGGAACUGUAAGAGUUGUUCUAAUGUUCAGUGAUAAAAUACCUAUCAAGUAAGAUAAUAAUAAUAAUAAUAAUAAUAAUAAUAAUAAUAAUACUCAAAAAUAGUGAAAUUAUUAUUAUGGUAUUAUUACUAUUUUUUAACUUGUUUUAUUUUCGUUCUUCUUUGUGACGACAGAAACAAAGGGAAAAAGAAGAAGAAAAGAGAAGAAAGGAAGAAGCUGCAUUAAGGUAA